AUGCGUCCCCCGCGGCCCUGCGCCCCGUUGCUCGCGCUCCUGGAGGUGCUGCUGGCCGCGAUGACCCUUGCGGCCCUGGCCGAGGCCCCACACCGGGUGCGCGUAGACACCGAGCGCAUUCUGCGGCCCUUGCGGCCCUUCUGGAGGAGCACCGGCUUCUGCCCUCCACUGCCCCACAGCCAGGCCGACCGCUUCAGUGCUCAGUUGGGACCAGCAGCUGAAACCUUGCUAUGUGGGCGCGUCCCUCACCGAGGCAUUGAGCAAGUGCGAACACACUGGCUGAUGGAGCUGGUCACUGCCAGGGGGUCAGAUGGGCAAAAUUUCAUCUACAACUUUACCCACCUUGACGGGUACCUGGACCUUCUCAGGAAGAACCAGCUCCUGCCAGGAUUUGAGCUGAUGGGCAGCCCCUCGGGACAAUUCACUGACUUUGAGGACAAGCAGCAGGUGAUUGCCUGGAAGGAUCUGGUCUCCAUGCUGGCCCGCAGAUACAUUGGAAGGUAUGGACUCAAGCAUGUGUCUAAAUGGAACUUCGAGACAUGGAAUGAGCCAGAUCACCAUGACUUUGACAAUGUAACCAUGACCAGGCAAGGUUUCUUCAACUACUAUGAUGCCUGCUCUGAGGGGCUACGUGACGCCAGCCCCACACUGCGCCUGGGUGGCCCUGGGGAUUCUUUCCACCCACUUCCCCGCUCACCACUGAGCUGGGGGCUCCUGGCACACUGCCACCAUGGUACCAACUUCUUCACUGGGGAGCGAGGUGUGCGGCUGGACUAUAUUGCCCUCCACAAGAAGGGCAUGGGUAACUCCAUCUACAUCCUGGAGCAGGAAGCAGUGAUACAGCAGAUUCAGAAGCUUUUCCCCAAGUUCGCCAACACUCCCUUUUACAACGACGAGGCAGACCCGCUGGUGGGCUGGUCGCUGCCACAGCCCUGGAGGGCUGAUGUGACCUACGCCGCCAUGGUGGUAAAGGUCAUAGCGCAACACCAGAACCUGCUACUGGCCAACAGCAGUACCCCAGUUCACUACGUACUCCUGAGUAAUGACAAUGCCUUCUUGAGCUACCACCCGCACCCCUUCUCGCAGCGAACACUCACCGCUCGCUUCCAGGUCAACAACACCCACCCGCCCCAUGUGCAACUGCUGCGCAAGCCGGUGCUCUCCGCCAUGGGACUGCUGGCACUGCUGGAUGGAGAGCAGCUCUGGACGGAGGUGUCGCAGAAGGGGGCAGUGCUGGAUAGCAACCACACAGUAGGAGUCCUGGCCAGCGCCCACCGCCCAGAAGGCCGGGCCACCGACGCCCUGGCGUGCACGGUGCUGCUUUACGUGAGUGAUGACACGCGUGCCAUGACAAUCGCACCUCAGGAUGGUGCUGCCUCAGUAUUCUACUUGGACCCCAUAGAAAUGGUCUACGUGAUGUUCCGAAUGGACAAUAAUCUCUGCAGCCCCAGUGCCGAGUGGCAGCGUCUGGGCCAGCCUGUCUUCCCCACAGCCCAUCAGUUCCGGCAGAUGCGCACGACAGAGGACCCAGUGGCUUCAACACCUCAGCCUUUUCCUGCCAGUGGCCACCUGACCCUCCGUCUGGAGCUUCCUAUACCUUCACUACUGCUGCUGCACAUUUGUGCACGCCCCAAGAAGCCACCAGGGCAGGCAACCCAGCUCCGUGCGUUGCCCCUGACCCACCAUCAGCUGCUACUCGUCUGGUCCGAUGCCAGGGUGGGCUCCAAGUGCCUAUGGACCUAUGAGAUCCAGUUCUCUGCAGAAGGGCCCCAGGGAACCUUCGUACCCAUCCCUAGGAGACCCUCCACCUUCAACCUCUUCGUGUUCAGCCCAGAUGCUGAUGCUGCUGGUGUCUCUGGCUACUACCGUGUGCGUGCAGUGGACUACUGGGGCCGGCCGGGCCCCUUUUCACGUCCCGUAUGGUACCUGGAGACUCCUAGGCCAUGAGGACCCCUGUUGGGAGCC